UAAAAUCUUUGAAGGAGUUUGUAUUCAGACAAAAUAAAAAGAUACAAUGUCUACCAAUGGCCAGACGUGCCUAAUCUACUUCAACGGAACAUUUACACCUAGUAUUCACUAUGUGGAAGGCCGCCCCACCAUAACCACCCCUCCAAGUUUUGCAUGCCAAAACAUAGAUGAACCUGCACUGGGCACAUCUUCUCCAAGAUUCAGCAACUAUAUCUGGAGGUGAAUUUUAGUAUCAAUCCUGCCGAGAUAGCGUCACAAAAUGCCGUCAUCACACCUCUCGUCGGCAUCGUCCAAGAUUCCGGCGCUGCUGGAGCCAUAUGUCCUGGACGGUGCUGCUACCCGCCACGACGGCUCCCUCACAUUAGUCACAAGCAUACAGGGUGCUGCAGCAAACUGGCUAAUCCUACGAUAUCUAUUUGCUCUGCUUGCGUCCAAGAAGGACGAACCCGAGGAACAAGAUAAGGCGGGUGUCGUACUAGUGAGCUUUAUGCGAGACGGCGCAUUUUGGAGAGACGGAUGCUCUAGGCUGGGUCUUGACUUAGAGGCGUGCCGCCAAGCAGGAAGAUUUACCUUUGUUGAUGGUCUCACUGGCAUGUUUGCAGCCAAACCUGCUGCACCUGGACCAGAUGUGGUGCUACCUAGUACCAAGGUUGAUGAAAUUAGCGCCCAUAUUUCCAAAGUUGUCGCGGGAAUCAAGUCGUCCAGGAAAGUUCUUAUUAUCGAUCAAAUGGAUGCGCUGCUCGCUGUUGGCGGUGACAGUGUGGAUGCGUUGAAGCUGCAAAACAUGACACUUGCACUGAGAGAGAAUGUAUUUUCCACAGUCAUUACACUGGCAGCAGACUCGCCGCUAAUCCAAGAACAAACCACAACGCUAGAGCGGGAGCAUGCAUCGCUGUCCCUCGGUAUGGCACAUGCUGCUGAUGAGGUGCUUUCGCUGCGUAAGCUGGAUACUGGUGCCGCAGGAGAUGUUAGCGGCGUCAUGAGAAUAUCAUCGUCUACAGAGGGUCGAGGGGCUGAUGCAAGCGUAGAGGUACUAUAUCAUGUCCUGGGUGAUGGCAGCGUGAAAGUCUUUGAGCGUGGAUCAUAGCUACCCGGCGACAUAUAAAAACAAAAUAAUGACAUGACGAUACCAAACUAUAAAGACAGAUUCUGGCUAUACUGUGCUGUUCAAGUAGAGGUUCGUACGAUACAAAGUCACAGCAAGCAGGGCAUUCAUUUAGUAGAGGUAAAAAAAGAUCAUGAUUUUUUCAAUCUUUUUUUUGAUUGUUGUGUCGUCUUCUAGUCAACCGCUGUCAACAUGAAACAAACUCCCCUUUCCAUCAUCUAUCAAACACCAAAAACAAUUAAACCGUUUUUCUUUUUUUCCCAUUGUCCAUAAUUUCCAUGCUGGGCUCCAUACACCAGUAGCCCUUUCAACCAGCUCUCACAAAUCCUACACACUGCAUGUGCUCAUCUUCUCGCUAUUGGAGGUCUACUCCUGUCCAAGAGGGGGAGGGGUUAUGCAUAUAAAGAUGUACCGUCGUCAAGUCGUGAAACAAAGAGAAUAUUUUUUUACGGCGGCGAGGUUGACGAAAGAAAAAGGUUGAUUGUUUUUCUUUCGUCGGUGGACAGGAAGACUUGAUCCAAAGCGCACUCGGAAAUCAGAAGAAGAGAUGUUGGUAGUCGCAGAGUGUGGGAUUGCUCGAAUGCAGGCAAAGAGUGGCCAGGCAUCAACUGGUAGCCCUCAAGUGAUCAAGAGAGGCGAAACGAUUUAAGCGUCCUGGGAGCCGCGGGCACCCUUGGGCUGGCCGGUCUGGAAGCCGUUGGCGAACUUGCGGGAGACCUCCUUCAUGUAGCGCAUGCGGCCAGUGCCGACAGUCUUUCUGCGCUUGGCCUUGUCGGACCAGUUGUCUGGAGAAGGGGUUAGUAUCCUGGUUGUGAAUAUAGAGAAUGAUAUUAGGUCGUCAACAUACACUUGCGGAUCUUGGCGUUGGGGUAACCGCAGGCGGCACACUCCUUCUUCUGAGCGCUCAAAGAGCGGCGACCUAUUGAUAGCAAAGUCAGUACAGUUGUUCCAAGUGAUUCAACUAGGAAUCCUUUGUUCGGGGACAGACGCCGGGUCGUUCAUGCGCAGUGCUAGCUCUCUUUCGUUCGAGGUGUUUGUUCGCGUGACAGAGGUUCAGUAUGGGACUUGUAUCCUCUAUGUAUCAAGCAAAUGCAGUCGAGAGAAAGAAAGAAGCGGCAGCAGGAGCAAUCAGGCAUUCGAAUUCGGCGAGACAAAGGAUAUCCGGUAGGAGCGUGGGCGAGACUAACCGCAGCGUCUGCACAGGACGUGCGACUUGUUACCGCGUUUACCGAAACUGGAGGUACCCUUAGCUGUAACAAAUAGUCAGUAUUUCAUUCGUGAGAUUCGCGAUAAGCCGUAUUUCAUUCUCUCGAUGGCUGGCCUCGUGCAUCCAACGGCGUUUGUCAAGUCUGCUUCCCACAGGCUGACAAUCGUUCUCCCUCCUCUUUCAACAUGGUGCCAUUCCGCGGAUUCGAAGCCAAACGUCGAGAGAAUAAAAUCGAAAUUCGAAAGGGCGAGCGGUUCGUUUUUCUUUUCCGGCUGUGAUUCGCAAGCGAGGGGUUGUCACGUACUCAUUUUGGCUGAUUGCUGUGGACGUUAGUGAUUGAAUGACGAUCUGAGAAUUCUCACGAAAUUGAGGAGUAGAAGGGCUUU